AUGGCCCUGGUCAGAGACUUCACAGCUACAGGAGCUGUGCCGGGGAAGGUCAAGGAGGCUAUUCUCGCAAAAGUGAUCGCGGACAGGGUUAAGAAAGUUUUACAUCGGGUGAUUUCGCCCGAACAAUACGGGUUCAUAUCGGGGAGGAGGCUCACCGAUGGGGUCGCGCUGGUAGCUGACAUCAUCGACGCAGCAAAGAAUGGCGAGGAGGACUGGUAUUUGCUGUUGGUCGACUUUCAAAAAGCCUUUGACUCGGUGUCGAGAGACUUCGCCUUCCACGUGCUCCAUCGCAUGGGCUUCCCCCCUCGGAUGGUUACUUGGAUAAGAGGCCUGCAUGCCGGCACAACCACGAAAAUGUUAGUCAACGGCUGGCUAGGUGCUGGGAUCGAGGUGGUAUCAGAGGUAAGACAAGGCUGCCCGCUGGCUCCCUUUUUCUUUGCGCGGUGGAGCCGCUGGUGCAGAUGGUGGAAUCGAAGCAGUUGGGUCUGGAUGUCGCAGUCCGGGUUGGCGACAAACAAAGCAAAAUCCACGGUCUUACCAUUGGGGGCGAACCUGGGGAGAGAUGACGGGGGCGCUUUCAAGUGGGCGAAGCCGAAGGACGCGGAACGACUGUUGGGGGUCUGGGUCACACCUGACGGCAGUGGGCUGCCAACAGGGGAAAAGGCGCUGGAGGAGAUUAAAAGGAGGUUAGCACUAUGGAAGCAGAAAUACCUUACGGAGAGAGCGCGGGGGGCGGUGGCGAAUGGGUACAUCCAGCCAGUCAUGACCUUCCAGGCGCAAGUGUAUCCGCCUCCUGCAUCGGUAUGGAAGGAGAUAGAAAAGCUGCUGCACAAUUUUGUCGCGGGAAACAAGGCAACGCCUGACAAAGUUUUCCUCCUCUGGAGCACAGAGCUACUCUACACUCCGAGACACGAAGGCGGACUGGGGGUUCACGAUCCAAACAUCACGCUGUCAUGUUUGGCGGCCAGGAGAGUCGGUUUGAUAAUGACGGAGGUAAAUCAGCUCAAGGAGCUGAUGAUGCGAGCAGCCGAUCUCCCGUUGAAGCUGGACACUUUCACUGCACACGAACGAUUACUGCGGCACUGGGAGGGUCGGAGUCAAAGGUGGAAGCAAACGUGCGAACUCUUCAUGAAAUCGCCCCUCAGCACACGGACGGUGGGGGUGACGGAGGCGGAGGUGGCGAAGGAGAGGAUAGUGUUUAACUGGGCUAUCAUGGUGGGAGUAACAACCCCGGUGGGCGGACAGAAGGAUGCGGAGAAGCUGUGGGACUGGGUGCUGGGCGACCUGGUACGGCGACAGCAGGACGGCACCGCCAUGCUGAAAACCAUGGCUGAGCUAACAGAGGAAAUAGGUGGGAAGGGCCCGGCCAAGCUAGCGCAGAGAGCCUUCGCAGCUGCACCAGCAGAAUGGAAGGAGGCCUUGCUGACCCCCUGCUCGAGCUCGGCUGACAGGGGCUUAGCCGGCGCAACAUCGCUUCCGCGCGUCUCAAUUCUGGAGGGAGGGGGCGCGGCGCGCCUGGAGCGGGACGCAGCGGCCAUGGAUGACGAUUUCGAUGAUGGAGAUUAUUACGUCAAGCCGCGCAUGCGCCUCACAUCUGAGCCGUUCGUUUCGCCGGAGGACCAGCUCGAUCCGGACGCCUCGGUCUCUCGCCCCGUUCUCCUCAUCCUUUGCGGAUUCGCCGCCGCAUUUCUCGCGGCGGGAAUCAUGACGUCAGGAUUCCUCCAAUUCGUCCUCAUCUGGAUCGCGCUCGCCCUCGUUAUAGGCCCACUCGCUCCUAUCACGCAGACAGGCGGAGACUGUAGAGUUGGUGUCGGCCCCCCGUUAGAAGAACACGGUCACGCGGAGGAGCAACCAGCAGACGAGCCAUCCCCGGCCUCUCGUUACAAGAACACGGUCGCUCGCGAGCCGCAGGAAGCUGAGCUGGCGGAUCUCCCCGUCCAACGCGCCGCAGACGGCGGCGCCGCCAACGGCGGCAGCGCGUCCACCGCCGCUAGCGAAGGCGUCGACACGAGCGAGUGGACGCGCGAGGAGUGGGACCAGCUGAAGAAGCUUCUCGUGAAGCUUCCUCGCGGGACGACUCAGCGGUGGGAGAAGGUAGCGAAAGGCGUGGGGUCCGGGCGGCGCGCAGUGGACGACGUGAUCCGAUCCGCCAAGGCCGUCGCGCUGCAGAAGCCGUCGGAUCGCGACGCGUACGCCGCGUUCCUGUCGCAGCGCAAGCAGCACAAGGGGAGCAGCGCGGGCGCGGGGGGCGCGGGCGGAGCGGUUGGAGCCGAACCCGCGCCUACAAGCAGAUGGGAGGAGGAGGGGAUCGCCCCUGGGGGCGCGGCAGAGGCAGACGGCAAGGGCGGUGGUAACGCGGUAACCACGUGGACGGAGGCGCAGGACCGCGCGUUGCUGCAGGCGCUGAAGGAGUUUCCCAAAGACACGCCCCUGCGGUGGGAUCGCGUGGCCAGUGCCGUGCCCGGGCACACCAAGCAGCGCUGCUUCAAGCGCUUUGCUGAGCUGAGAGAGAAGUUCCGCUCCAAGGGGGGCGACCUCGCAGACUGA